AUGAGCGCUUCAAAUCUCCCUUAUAUGAGGACUAACCCCAAGAUCAUCUUCUUCACGGACUUUGACGGGACCAUUACACUCCAGGACAGCAAUGACUUUUUGACUGACAACCUCGGUUAUGGACAAGAAAAACGUCGUCAAGGGAACCUGGACGUCUUGGAGAACAAAGUUAGCUUUCGUGAUGCCUUCCGCGACAUGCUAGACAGCGUCAAGGUUCCCUUCAAUGAAUGCAUCGAGCAAUUGAAAAAGAACAUGCAGCUCGAUCCAUACUUUAUCGAAUUCUACCACUGGUCCAAAGAAAACAAUGUGCCAAUUGUAGUAUUGUCAUCCGGCAUGACCCCGGUUAUUAGCGCCCUUUUCGAAACUCUGCUAGGACAUAAGCCCGAUGACCACCUUGUUAUUGUCGCCAACGAUGUGGAAAGCCGCGAUGGCAAGGAUAUUAACACUGAGGGUGGCUGGCAGAUUAAGUAUCAUGAUGAUAGCCAUUUCGGCCACGACAAAUCCUUGGAGAUUAAACCCUAUGCCGCUCUGCCGGACAACGUGCGCCCGACCCUGUUGUAUGCGGGAGACGGCGUCUCAGACUUGUCUGCUGCUUCGGAGACCGAUCUUUUGUUUGCUAAGAAAGGAAGGGAUCUGGUGACCUAUUGUGAGCGUCAAGGCACACCUUUCGCCGUCUUUGAGAGCUGGUCCUCAAUCCUCGCCACAACGAAAGAUAUCCUGAGCGGCAAGGUCACGAUCAAGAAGGUGGCCCAGGAAGGACUUGAAACCGUCCACAAAGAGGGAAACUAA